AUGAGUUCUUCUCAGCCCCCCAAUCCUCCAGGACCUUCGGGGACUCGAAUCCCUGAUGCCAAGGCUAUUUUUUCAAGAUCAAGGCCACCUCCUCCAACUCAGAACCCUAAUUCUCCAAGACCUUCAGGCACUUCCAUCCCUGGUCCCCAGGACAUCUUCUCCACCACACCAAGGCCAACUCCUCCAACUCAGAACCCUAAUCCUCCAAGAACUUCAAGCACUUCCAUCCCUGGUCCCCAGGACAUCUUCUCCACCACACCAAGGCCAACUCCUCCAACUCAGAACCCUAAUCCUCCAAGAACUUCAAGCACUUCCAUCCCUGGUCCCCAGGACAUCUUCUCCACCACACCAAGGCCAACUCCUCCGUGA